ACCACCAUCCCCACUGCCAGGAAGAUCAAAGCCAAUCGUUCAGACAUCUGUCUCAGAAAUAGGAAGACCACUUCUUGUCUUAUUAUUGAUAUCAACUGUGCUGAUGUCAACAUUGGCAAGAAACAUGCUGAGAAGUUGGCGAAGUACAGCGACUUGCGAGUGGAGAUAAGCCGCAUGUGGCAUUGUCAAACACUGGUGGUUCCGGUGGUCUUGGGAGCUUUGGGCACAGUGCACGCAGGUAUUGCACGGUGGUUGGACAUUAUUCCAGGUCAUCACAACCUGCAGCACUUACAGAAAACGGUGCUUGUGGGAUCUAAUCGAAUCCUUCGUAAAGUCAUGUCUUCUUUCUAGACAGCCGUAAUGGUCUACGUACUUCUGAAGCAGGGUUUGCUUCCGGUACUUGUAAUAGACUCUACAAACCAGACUGAUCUGAUUGAGCACGACACACAUGAUAAUAUUGCUAGAUGUGUAGUCAAGUCAUCACGUAGUUUACAUCUGCCAUGAUCGUUGUCUUCCCUACGUGCUAUAAACUACAGUCAAUGUGGGAGAAUUUUUUCAGCUGUACAUCUCUGCUUAGAAACAUUGUCCCUUGCAGUUCUGCUUCCACUCGUGUGCGGCAUUGCAGAAUACGAUAUUUCCACCGUUUCCGUUCCGAAUGCUAUCUGAAGUGCACAAACAAACACCGCUGUGAACACCUACUUUCUGAAAGGCAUUUCACACGUUUUCACAUGGGUACAAUUUGUAAAAAAGCUGUCUCUGGCGAUCACUGUUUGCUGCGACCCAACUUGAGCUAUGUUACGAUUUCCAAAAUUCUGUGCGUUAAGAAUGUAGAGUUUAUGGUAAGGUAUCACCUACUGGCGUUUUUGUGCUACAUGUCUCUGAUUUCGAGAUUUUGAUUUCGUGCAUACAUUUUUAUAAAUCCGGUAUUGGAGGCACGAGCGCGAAAAACGUCCGGAUAGUGUUCCUAAAAGCAUAAUAAAAAUAUGACCCCGACCUAUGAUUACCCAAAUGCAUUGUGGCUCCUGAAUAUUACUGCAUUUCAAUCUUAUGGCCCCGUCAAUUUUGCCAAACCCCGAACACUCAAUAAUGACUGGCCUUUAAUUGAACAUGUUUGUACAUCACUGUGAUAUGUGAAUCUAUGUUACAAAUUUUCUAUAGGUGUUAAGGUGGCUCCAGCAGUUGCUUUUCAAGGAGGUUCAUCUAGAUUUCGUGUUAAAUUCAGAAAAGAAUUACGUCUCAAAUUUACUGCUCGCUACCUUCCUCAAGAGAAUACGCUAUCCAACUUAGGUAUCUACCGCAAUGGAUGUUAACUAUUGCCAACAUCUAAGUAUCUUUCAAUACUAAAAAUCGUCCGUGUUCCUAUAUCAAAAAAUGGUGCAAGCAUGCGUACUAAUGUUGUUGAAAUCACAUUUAUUUUGGAGGCAGCGAAGAAGACUGAUAGUGGUAACUACACUUUGUUGACCGAAAAUCACAUAGGAACAACUAAUACAAGUUUUAUUCUUCAAGUGAUAAAACGCAAGUUGAAGAAUUGUACGUUUGAGACUGAUCUCUGUGAUUGGAUUAAUGAAGGCAACCCUAAUGAGAAUGAGGUUGGCUGGUUGCGUCGUAGGGGAGAAACACCAUCUCAUUCUACUGGACCUGUGGCAGGAUAUGGAGGAUCGGGCUACUAUAUUUAUUUGGAAACUUCCAAGCUAGCUGGUGAAGGACAAGCAGCAGUGUUGCGUAGUGUGUCCAUCAUGGCAAAGUCUCAUCCCACCAAACUGUCAUUUGCUUACCACAUGUUUGGCCCCAAUAUUGGCAGUCUCCGAGUACACCAGCGACGAUAUGACAAGGAUGGGAGAAAGGUACCAAGCACAUUGUGGACUCAGAGAGGAGAUCAGGGUAACAAGUGGCAUACAGCGUCAGUGACGAUUGGUCCAAUCCAGCCAUACGUGAAAUCACGAAUUGUAUUUGUUGCUACUGUCGGUAAUGACACGCUGGGAGACAUUGCCAUUGAUUCAAUCAUUUUGUCUUAGACUCAUACUCGUUUGGGUGACACACUACUCUCUUUGCUAGCUGUGUGAGGACAAUGACGUUCAAUGUUUUCGUUUUCCAUCGGUGUUUGUUGUCUAAAUGUCGUGUAUAACAGAGUCAAUAGACUCAGCAAAAGUCUGGUUACAUUUCAA